CAUAAACACCAAAUAAUGCAUACAGGAGAGGAUAAAUAUAAGUGUUCAGAAUGUGGGAAAACCUUCAGCCGGAGCACCAACCUUCUUGUACAUGAAAGAACCCACACUGGAGAGAAACCAUACGAGUGCUCCAACUGUGGGAGAAGCUUCACCCACAGUUCAAAUCUUAGGGCACAUGAAAAAAUACACACAAGAGAAAAGCCGUAUGCAUGCACAGACUGUGGCCAGACCUUCUAUCACAGCUCGAGCCUUACAGCGCAUGAGAGAAUCCACACAGGGGAGAAUGUACACAGGUGCCCACACUGUGAGAAGGUCUUCACUCGUGGCUCAGUUUUUAGGAAACACAUGAGAAUCCAUACAGGUGAGAAACCAUUCAAGUGCUCAGACUGUGGGAAAAGUUUCUCUCAGAGGUGCAAUCUAAUCAUCCACGGGAAGACCCACACAGGAGAGAGACCCUUUAAGUGCUCCGAUUGCGGGAGAAACUUCAGUCGAAAAUGUGACCUCAUUGCACACGAGAGAAUCCACACGGAAGAGGACCCAUACAAGUGUCCGCACUGCGGGAAAAGCUUCUCUCAGAAGUCCAACCUUGUCAUACAUGAGAGGAUCCAUACAGAUGAGAAUCCAUAUCCAUGUCUGCACUGUGGGAAACGCUUCCGUCAGAAGGGCAACCUCAUGACGCACGUGCGGAUCCACACAGGAGAGAAGCCGUACCAGUGUCUGGAUUGCGGGAGGAGAUUCAGUCAGAAGGGCAGCCUCACAUCACAUGAGAAAACCCAUUCAAGAGAGAAAAGGACAUCUUGCAUGCAGGAAGUGAAGACUUGA